AUGUCCGCCCACUAUGCCACGGAACCGGCGCCCACCGCAUCCGCGACGCUCAAUACUACCUUCGGUCCUCUCCACAUCGCGCUCUUCGCGAAGCAAACUCCGCUAACAUGUCGCAACUUCCUCCAACACUGCAUGGACAAUUACUACGCCGGUACCAUAUUUCACCGAAUCGUCCCAGACUUUAUCAUCCAAGGAGGCGAUCCGAAGGGGACAGGCUCUGGCGGAACAUCCAUCUACGAAUACCCCGAAUUCGAGUACGAUCCCGACGCGCGCGAUCCGAACGAGAAGGUCGUUCUGCGAGAUGAAUUACACAGUAGAUUGCGGUUCAACCGGCGCGGGCUGGUUGGGAUGGCGAAGAGCGAGGAUGGCACGUAUGGGAGCCAGUUUUUUAUCACCCUUGCCAAUACCGAGCGCGAGUUGAACGGGCAAUGCACGCUUUUCGGGCGCAUUGAGGGAGAUACGCUGUACAAUAUGUUGAAGAUUGCGGAUGCGGAGCGCAUUGAAGGAACCGAACGACCUGUAUACCCGGUGAAGGUUACGUCGUGCGAAGUGGGUGAUUUGGGGCCGUUUGUGGACAAGGUUAAGAAGAGGCAGAUUGUCGCUACAGGGGCGAAGACGGAGGAGAAGCCGGCUGCGAAGAAAAAGAAGAAGGCCAAGCCUGGUAAGGCCUUGCUGAGUUUUGGCGGGGACGAUGAGGAGGGUGAGGAGGAUAUUCCUAUUCGGCCUGCGAAGCCAAAGUUCAAUCCUACGCUCGUCACAGAUACAAAGCUUCCAGAGAAGGGGCCGUCAACGAAAGACUCAUCAUCACAAGCGCGGAAACGGCCUAGGUCCCCGUCUCCGAAACGAGAACGGCAACCCUCCCCUCCACCGAAAGACCGACCAAAGACACCAGACCAUGCAAACCAGCUUCCGUUACCGGACCCCGAAUCACCAGCUCGCUCACCUUCUCCACCGACAAAGCAAUCAUUCUUAUCGCGAACAAAUGCCGAAAUCGAGAACCUCAAGGCUUCUAUGCGUCGCACCGUCCAUGCCCCAGCCGCAGAAACAAAACCAAAGUCUGCCCUCGAGGCUAUGAUUCCUCAGACCGCAAUCCGAGGCCGCAAACGACCUCUCCCAGGAAGCGUUAAUGCUAGCUCAGCGACAAACGGAAUAGCGGGUUUCAGCAGCAGCAACAGUGCCGAAGCCGAAGCGCUCAAGAUGUUCAACGCCUUCAAGUCUAAACUAGAAAACUCCGAUUCCCAGCCCACCACAUCAACCAAACGCCCAUCGACAACCAAGCCCGAAGGAAAAGAGAAUGAUGACGAAGACGAAGAAUCCCAACUCUGCGACCUGCAUUUUAUCGCAAAUUGCCAAUCCUGCCAAUCGUGGGACAAUGACGCCGAGGGCGGCGCUGAUACGGCUGCAGACGAUGACGCCAAUGACAGCGGCUGGCUCAGCCACCAGCUGCAGUUUGGCAAGGAUACGCUGGGCAAAGACCUGAAAUGGAAACGCGAACACCAGGACGUGGAUACCUUGAUGGUUAUUGAUCCUCGGGAGAAGGAGAAGGAGCUUGCUGGGACGAAACGCGGGAAGGGUAGGGGGUUGGAGAGGGAUCGAGAGCGGGAGAGGAAGCGCGGGAGGGUGGGUGAUUUGGAGUGGUCGAAGAGGUGA